AUGAGCUCGAACCCAGAAGCACCGGCGGCAACGUCGACAACGAGCACAACGUCGACAUCGACCACGAAGAAGGCGGGUGGUGCUCGACUCCCAUCUCUCAAUCAGCUCGCAGCACGGAUAAACAGCAAUGCAGCUGCCAAUGGCGUCACCCCACCGCAGGUCGCGACCUCCGCUCCCCGUCCUCGCCUGGCUGCGUUUGCAUUGCGGACAGGUUCGACCACGAGCGUAAACACAGUGACAUCGACAGCAGACUCGAUGGCUGUCAAUGCACCCAGCACGCGGUCGGUAUCCCCUGCGAUGAGCAGUGUGUCGAAUCAGAGCAGCACUGUUCCGCUAGAGGCAAGCGGUGGAGAACCCCUGACGACAGAGAAGCUCGAGAAAUUGAACCAAGAAACGGCGUCGGUGGACGGGACAGUCAAGAUCGCUGUCGCAGAGGCACCGAAGAAGAAGGUCGGAUACAAGAACAUCCCCAGCUUGGAUGCGAUAACCGCGCGGAUCGCAAAGCAGAGGGCGAUGAGCCUCAGUAUCGAUGGAUCGGCGACACCGCCCGAGCCUGAGAUGAUCGAGGACCCGAAGACGCCUGGAGUGCCGAUGAAGGCUCCAGAGCAUCCUUUGCAGUUCUCCUGGACGAUAUAUCACGACACGAAAGCAAAAUAUCCUUUCACCCCUGCGUCUGCUGUUCCAGGGCAAGCGUUCAGCCAGCCUGCACCUGGAAGCGCCGGCAGCGAGGCGCCCUACUCAGCCUCGCACCCACCGGAAAGCACCGAGUACGAGGCAGGCCUGACGAUCAUCGGCGAGUUCAGCACGGUCGAGGAGUUCUGCCGGUACUUCAACUGGCUGAAGCCGCCGUCGAAGCUGGAGAAGAAUAGCAACUACCACAUCUUCAAGUCUGGGAUCAAGCCGAUGUGGGAGGACCCUGCGAACGCGAACGGAGGCAAGUGGGUGCUGACGAUGAAGAACAACCCGGCGCUGCUUGACCGGUGCUGGAAUUGGCUGGCGAUGGCGCUUGUUGGCGAGGAGCUGGAGGAGGGGGACGAGCUUUGCGGUGCGGUUGUUAGUUUGAGGAGCAAGGUGGAUCGCAUCCAGGUGUGGACGCGCAGCAAGGACGAUGUGGAGAAGCUGAACGGUAUCGCUAAGAGGCUCGUCAAGCUGUUGGAUGUUAGCGAGGCGGAUAAUAUUGGUCUGGAGUUCCAGUAUAACAGCGAUGAUCGGCCUCCCCCAAACAAAUUCCUUUCCAUCCAAUCAAUGCCAAAUUCUUCCUUCCGGUCGUCCUUCCAAGCACCGACUGCUACUGGUCCCCCUCAGGUGUCAGGACCCGGAGGUGCGUUCGGCGGUUUUGGUACUGGAGUAGGGAUCGGCGGCGGCUGGAAAGGCUCUUCUCUCAAGAGGUCUUGA